AUGAAUGGUGUGAUGUUGGCUAAGAAGAUCCUCAGGCAAGGCUAUUGGUCAACUAUGGAGGAAGAUUGUAUCAACUUUGUUCAGCGAUGCCCCAAAUAUCAAAUUCAUGCUAAUCGCAUGAACAUCCCUGUUAAAGCUUUACAACACGACUUCACCAUGUCCUUUCUCAGUCUGGAAAUUGACGUCAACGGGACAGUCUCGCCAAAGGGCUCAAAUGGACAUGAGUUCAUCUUGGUGGUGAUCAACUGUUUUACCAAAUGGGUGGAAGCACAGUCUUACUCAGUGUUAAAGGCAUCAUAUGUGGCCAAGUUCAUUAGAAACAACGUCAUCUGCAGGUAUGGGGUACCAAAUGAGAUCAUCUCGGACAAUGGCUCGCACUUCAAGAAAGUGGUGAUGGAUCUGCUUCAGAAAUACAAUGUGGCUUUUCACGAGUCAUCAACGUACAGACCACAGACUAACGGAGCUAUUGAAGCCACCAACAAGAAUGUCAAGAACAUCCUGCGAAAGAUGAUGGAAACUUACAAAGAUUGGCCAGAUAAACUACCCUUUGCACUCUAG